AUGAGUUUCGCCAUAGAUUUCAUCAUUGAUCACCCCAGUGACGACGAUAAACAUUUAGACGUCGACUCCGAUUCGUACAUUUUUCCCUGGGACGAGAAUUACAACACAACAGAAGGAGAACCUCCGACGCCUUCCACACCACCUCAAAAGGUGCAACCCGAAU